CGUUGGAUUAGCUGAAUUAUGAAAAUAAAUCAUCUAAAUAGAUAAAGAAAGGGAUGAUGACCAACACCAACCAAAGCCAUCAUAUAAAAAAGGAGACAUACAUUUUUCUAUUACUUUAGCUUCAUAAUACACCGCAGAAGCUGCUCACAAAACUCUCUCUAGCUAUCAAUGGCUGCUCCAAUCGCCAUAGGUACACGAGGAACUAUAGGAUCGCUUGUGCGUAAAGAAAUUGACUACUUCAAAAACUCCAAUACAUGUAAAGAAACUCAGUUCGAUCCACGGAGGGGGAUUUCCAAAGAAAACACCAAAAAAUCUCAUCAAAGAAGAGAUCUCUCAUCAUCACGGCUGAGUUCUUGGUUCUCUAAAGCCAACUGGAGAAAGAAGAAGCGGCAGAGUCGUGGUGGCAGUGGCAAGUUUCUGCCGAGUAUGUGUUCGGUUGUGGAGGUUUCCGGUGAGAAUCGAGUUCCGGGUUUCAACUAUAAGAUCUUGAAGAGUGAUCAUGACAAGAGUUUGCGUGUGUAGAGGAGUAAAUUAUUUAUUGUGGAUUUACGGUAAAGAGAUCUUUAUAAACUCUUUUUAAAAAAAAUAUAUAUUCAAAUUUAAAUUAUGUGUGAAUUUGUUACAUUUUACAAUGCCGAUGAGCAUAUAUUCGAACUUUUUUUUUUAGUAUAUAUAUUCGAA